AUUGCACGGAAAGGUAUAAAAUGUUUCAGAGCUGCGGAAUUUGACCUGUUUGGCUGCAACCACCUCACCAGCAGGGAUUUCUAGCAGAGGCAGAGACAAUCACCCAAACGCCAUCAUGACCCAUCAGUUUCCAGCGCUCUCUCCUGAGCAGAAGAAGGCCCUCUCUGACAUUGCUCAGAGGAUAGUGGUUGCAGGCAAAGGGAUCCUGGCUGCAGAUGAAUCUGUGGGUACUAUGGGCAACCGGCUGCAGCGCAUCAAAGUGGAGAACACUGAAGAGAAUCGCCGGGCCUUUCGAGAUAUCCUCUUCUCUUCAGACGCCUCCAUCAGUCAGCAGAUUGGAGGAGUUAUUUUUUUCCAUGAGACCCUCUAUCAGAAGGAUAACACUGGAAAACCCUUCCCUGCCGUCAUCAAGGAUAAGGGCAUCGUGGUUGGAAUCAAGCUGGACAAAGGCACAGCUCCAUUGGCAGGAACUAACGGAGAAACCACCGUUCAAGGUUUGGAUGGCCUUGCUGAACGCUGUGCCCAGUAUAAGAAAGAUGGAGCUGACUUUGGCAAGUGGCGUGCUGUCCUGAAAAUCUCAGAUACAACUCCCUCUGCUCUUGCCAUCCAGGAGAAUGCCAACACGUUGGCACGUUAUGCCAGUAUCUGCCAACAGCAUGGGCUAGUGCCCAUCGUGGAGCCUGAGAUCCUACCUGAUGGAGACCAUGACCUCCAGCGGUGCCAGUAUGUGACAGAAAAGGUGCUGGCUGCUGUGUAUAAGGCCCUGAAUGACCACCAUGUCUACCUGGAAGGAACACUGCUGAAGCCCAACAUGGUGACUGCUGGGCAUUCUUGUCCCAAAAAGUACACCCCUGAAGAGGUGGCCAUGGCAACAGUCACAGCUCUCCGUCGCACUGUCCCAGCAGCUGUUCCAGGAAUCUGUUUCCUUUCUGGGGGCCAAAGUGAAGAGGAGGCUUCAGUCAACCUCAAUGCCAUCAAUCUCUGCCCUCUGCCUAAACUUUGGAAGCUGACUUUCUCAUACGGACGGGCCCUACAAGCAUCGGCUCUGGCUGCCUGGUCCGGCAAACCUGAGAACAAAAAGGCCGCACAGGAGGCGUUCUGCAAACGGGCCCAGAUAAAUGGCUUAGCUUGCAAAGGCCAAUACAUCACCACUGGAAAGAGCAGUGCCGCAGCCACUCAGUCGCUUUUUACUGCCAGUUACACCUACUAGUUCAUAAAACAGUGCAAAUAUCCUGCCUCUCCUUGCAGCUGGCAGGAGCUCCAGAAGGAAAACAACUUGUGCUACACCCUAAUCGGCAGUUGCAAACAAAUGGAUUGGAAUAAUAGGCCCCAUUGCACACUUGUAAUUGCAUCUACACCUUCCAAAGAAAUUGGACAGGUUUUAUGAAUCCAUCUUUCACUGACUUCAAUUCAAUCCUCUCUUUGGAUAGCUGGUUUCUUGGGGUUUUUUUAGAUGGCUUCCAUAGCCAGCUAGAGAGCUGGAUACCUUCAGCCCUUAUAUUUUUACUCUUCCCUCUCCCCGUCCCCUGACAUCAUUGCCAGCUGACAUAGAACACCAGGCAUGACACACAAAACAUGAAAUGCAUUUUUAAUCCAUAAUGUUUUCAGUGCAUAAGCUGUGAAUAAAAUUCCUGCCAAAGUGAAAAGAUUAAACAACUAAGAAACUCUA